ACUUGUCCCAGGCGUCUCUUUUCGCAACUCGCGGGCACUAUUUUGCAUUUUGCAAUAUAACUCUCCGUUCUCAAUCCUUCUCUUCUUUGUUGUUAUUGUUACCAAAGUGACAAAUUGACAAGGUAAAGGCCGCAAAAGCAAAAGGGGUGUCGGCUUAGGCGCGUGUCGGCGCUUGAAGUUGUUUUGUUAUCAUUUUUGCGUCAAUGGAGUGAGUCGCCGCGGUGCGAGCGAUGGCCGUGUCCAACGCACACCUCAGCCUGUCCAGCUUCCUGCUGUCUGGCUGCCUGAGCCUGCUCGCGGUCGUGUCCCUGCUGGCGGACGAGGAGGCGGUUCAACUGGUGCGCGCCUACACGCCCGUGCUGCUGCUCGGCAAUUACGUGCUCGUCAACCUUUACCUGCGCCUCGUCCACCAAGGGUACCACUACCAGAUUGCAGUGAGGGCCACCUUCUUGGGGACUGUUUUUUCGACGGGAUGCCUCAUUUCCGUGUUUGCUCCACUUUCCUGGCGGCCCCUCGGCUUGUACAUGAUAACAAUGGCAAUAUUCCACUACUCCGAAUUUCUGGUGACCGCUUUGGUCAACGCUCGUACGCUCUCCCUCGACUCGUUUUUGCUCAACCACAGCAAGGAAUACGGAAUCGCCGCUCUUGCCAGCUGGAUCGAGUUUUUCCUCGAAAGAUGGCUGCUGCCUGAAUUAAAGGAGUUUUGGCCCGUCGUCCUCAUCGGAGUGAUGAUGUGCGCUGCUGGCGAGGUUCUGCGCAAAGCAGCAAUGAUGACCGCCAAGACUAACUUCAACCACAUUGUCCAGAGUGUCCGCGAGGAUGGACACCAGCUAGUCACGAAUGGAGUGUACGCCAUUUGCAGACAUCCCAGCUACGUCGGCUGGUUCGUUUGGUCCGUCGGCACACAGCUGAUGCUUUGCAACCCUGUCUGCCUACUGGCGUACACACUCGCCUCCUGGAAGUUUUUCCAAACGAGGGUGCUGGUCGAAGAAGUUUCCCUCCUCAACUUUUUCGGCGACCAGUAUUACCAGUACCAGCAAAAGGUCCCAACUGGACUUCCUUUCAUCAAAGGGUACAUGUGAAACUCAGCAUUUCUCUGUCAGUUGACUGAUAUUAAAUUUAAGAGAGGCUAAUAACACAAUCAAA